CCCUCGUCCCUUUAAAUUUGCCUCGAAAUUAUAUCCCAAAGAAUAUAAUUCAUCAAUACCCCUUUCUUUAUUUUAUCCUAGCCCUCUUCUCCGAGCUAUCUCCUCUCUGCAAACUUUCCAAUAUUUAUCAAUAACAACUUUUACUAAAUGGAGGCAUUAGCUGGACCACCACAUCAAGCACUAUACUUUGUGUUAGCCUAUCUUCCAUUACAGCAACUCCUGUUAGUCAGCCAAGUUUGUAAGUCAUUUAAAGAUUCUAUUAGGGAUGAUGUCUUAGUAUGGCUAAAUUUAGUGGUGGAAAAUCCAUUAAGUGUACGCCUUACUGAUCAAAUUUUGAUGAAUAUUUCCUCUAAAGCUCAUGGUAGGCUUCGAACUUUAGCUUUGCUAAAUUGUGUUAAGAUUACAGAUGAGGGAUUACUUAACGUUGUUAAUUCAAACCCGCUUCUUACUAAGCUCUAUGUACCUGCUUGUACUGGCUUAACUCCUGAAGGAGUAAUCAAGGCGGUAGAAACGUUAGCUGGGAAAUCAACCGCCUUUAUUAGUGUAAAGAUAAAUGGCAUUUACAACAUCAACAAAGAACACCUUGUAAUAUUGCAGUCCUACCUCACUACUGAUAACACUAUAAAAAGCAAGCGUAGGUUCUACCACAAGUAUCGGAGUUCCUCUCUUUGCAGCCUAGAUAAGGAUGUUCGAACGAUCGAUGUAGAGAUAUGCCCAAAAUGCAUAGAGGUCAAGUUAGUAUUCCAUUGUCCUAAGGAGACAGAAUGCAUUGGUUGUUUCCAGUGCAUACCAAGGUGUGAGGUUUGUGGCAGAUGUAUUUCUGACCAAGAUGAGGAUGAUCAAGGAGAAACUAUAUGCAAUGACACUGUGUGUUUAGACUGCUGGCUUUGCCUUCCAAAAUGUAAUCACUGUAACAAGCCAUUUUGUCCUCGACAUGCUCCUCACAAACUUGAUCCUCUUGAUUCCCAAGGAUUUUUAUGUGAGGUUUGCCACACAAAAUCACUCACAGAACAGUUGCUGGAAUAAUGCUUUGAUAAAUGCAUAGAUUUUCCUUGUCCUACAUGCUCUUUAAGGAUUACCAAUUUUUUGUUUUGUUUUGUUUUGAUAGGUAAGAAGAAAUACAUUAUGAACUCCUCCGCAAGAGGGUCACUCAUAAUUAGUCAUUCAUUACAAUUGAUAAUAAAUUCGGGCUAAUACUAUAAUCUACAUACAUAUGAAAGUUAACAAGA